AUGGUUGCGGAGGAAGUUUUGAUUACACUGUCUGGUGGAGCGCCAUGGGGCUUCCGUCUGCAAGGCGGCGUGGAACACCAGAAACCACUACAAGUGGCUAAGGUGCGCAAACGCAGCAAAGCAUGUAGAGCUGGAUUGCGGGAAGCAGACGAGCUGAUGUCCAUCAACGACCAGCCAUGUGAAGGGUUAUCCCACGCCCAGGCUAUGGACCUCAUAGACGCCUCACCAGGGAUGUUACACAUCCGUGUCAAAAGAGUACCUGUUGGGUUUCAGUCUGUGGUGCUCGUUACCCGUGCCCCUUCUCCCCGUAUCGACAAGGAGUACCGUGCUUCACUGCAGACCCUGUCACCAACCGACCGCCACCAAGCACCUGUCCGUGAGGUUCAUCGUAGCAGAUCUUCCCUAACCAGUGGCCUGACUUCACCACCUGGAAGUGAGGCAUACUAUGGUGAAACAGAUAGUGACGCAGACGUGGCAGGCUAUGAAAGGCAGAGGCGUCAGAAACGACGCAGUCCCAACUCCAACCCGGCUAAACCGACAGGACGGACCUCGCCUGAGGGAGGGGAGACAUCGGAGAUGAGUAGCUAUGACAGUGCCUCAGAUGCACAUGCUUAUUCAAAUUUGUCAGAGCGGCAUGAAGAAGGUGGAAAUGAGGGACUGCCCGGUGUGGCAAGAAGGGAAGUCAUUUACCAGCCCACUGCUCCAAGAAUGUGGUCCUCCCAGACAUCAACUGAGACAUCUUCCAUCAUCUCGUCAGCAGACGACCAGGGGCCAAGGGAUGGAGAGCAGGAGGAAUUCCUAGAGCUUGCUAAUGUGCCAUUGGUAUCCCCAGAGAGGGCAAAGGAGGCAAUGAUGCUGAGUUCUCGCAGUCAGCUAGUGCCCAUGGUGGGCCCUGUAAAUAACCCUGUUGAUGAGGAAUUAACAACGACCUACAUGGAAAAGGCCAGGCAAGCCAAGCUUAACCGAGGAGAUACGCAACAGGACAAGCAUGUAAAGGAAGCCAGAAGCAAGUGUAAAACAAUUGCAUCCCUACUGACGGAUGCACCCAACCCUCACUCCAAAGGAGUGCUAAUGUUCAAGAAAAGGCGGCAGCGCUCCAAAAAGUAUACCCUCACGAGCUUUGGCAGUGUAGAUGAAGAUCAGUGCCCAGACUCACAAGAAGAAGAUGGAACGCUACCUGGCAGUGAGUCAGAAUUUGAGGAAGACGGCUUUUCAGCUGCUCCAGACCCAACUUGGGAUAGUGAUUAUUUGGAUAUGCUCGAGAAAAGGGCUACUGCAGGCGUUGAAGGUCGUGGAGAUCGGGAAGAGGAUGCACAAAGUCCAGGUUUGAAUGCUAGCACAGGGAAGGGUGCUCAAUUGUUUGAACAACAGAGGAAAAGGGCAGUUGAGCAUGCCAAGAAAGUGGAAGCUACACAAUCACAGGCGGCUCAGCAGGCUUUAAAUGAGCAAGCUCAGAUGUUAAACCUAGACAUGCAAGCACAGCCAAAUUUCCUACCCCAUCAACAACUACAUCCUGGCAACAUGCAAGAUUUAUACCAAACCCAAGCAACCUUUAGCAUGUCUAAUGGAGAUUUAUCCCAGGCCACAGGUGGCACAAUCAUGGGGGUGCAAGGUGGACCUAGGCCAGCCAUUACUUCUGUGGAUAUGAUCAUUGGUAAUACACCUCCAGAAGAGACAUCCAUACCAGAAGCCCCUGCCAGUAAUGUUCUUAAUAGAACUGCCCGUCCUUUCACACCUGGCUUCAUUACUAUCCGGGCAGCAACUGCUCCGGUAGCAUUCAAACCAUCUGCCACAAAGACAAACCAGCGACCUGCCUCAGCAGCUGCUGUGCCACCGCCAUUUUCCACUGCUCCAGGACAGGCAAUUAAUGCUACAUCUGUAAAGUUACAGUUGUCUCCUGGUCCUCCCACUUCUUCUAAUCUUUCUGGUCCUUAUGAAAAUGUGCCUCCAAUGCCCCCAGCUCCACCGCAGCACAUGGUUUUUGCUCCACCACAGCCCAUUGUUUCUGUUCCACCACAUCCUUUGGUUUCAGCUUCACCACAGCAUAUGGUUUCAGUUACACCACAGUUCACAGUUUCAGCUCCAAUUACUCCUAUAUCUCAUAUUCCCAGUACAUUUCAUAGAGUUGCAAUGGUUCCUCCAGUGGUGCCACUUGCUCCUCCAUGCCCAACUCAAAUUACUAUGGAACCCACAGCACCAGUGUCCAUUGUCUCUGACACGGAAGCAAUAGCUCCAACUCCUAUUUCUGAUCCAGGAGGUCGCACAGGAAUCUUACUUGAGGCUCGUCGGCGUGUUGGAAAACCCAAACCUAUGUUCAGUGUACCAGAAGUCAAGAAAAAUUCACCAAAUCCUGAGCUGCUGUCCAUGGUGCAGAAUUUUGAUGAGAGGGCCACACAUUCCAAGUAUGGCCAACCAUUUUCUGAAGGUUCUUAUGAUGGCAGGCAUGAAGGAAGCACUACAGCAGUCACCCUAGGGAAGAUGCCUCCCCCGGUGGCACCAAAGCCUCGUGUUCUACAGGAGGUUCCACAGAUCAUUCAAGCAGGAGGCAAGGGGGCUCAGCUCUUUGCUCGAAGACAAAAUCGCAUGGGUAUGUAUGUCGUGGAUGCCCCUCAACAUACCCAUCAUCAACAGAAUGUGACCUCGCAGGUCACUGGACAACACCUCGACUCCUCUGACCACUCCAUUCCCUCUCAAUGGAAAUACUCCUCCAAUGUGCGUGCCCCUCCACCUAUUGGGUAUAACCCACUCCUGGCCCCCUCAAUUCCCACAGGACCUCAGAGGAACAUGACCAAGUCAGGCAGUAAGGGUAGGGGGAGUAUGCAGCGGGAGGGCAUCCAAGCUCUGGAUUUCAUGAGAAGGCAGCCCUACCAGCUAAAUUCUGCCAUGUUUAACUACAGUGGAAGUGCUGCAAAUCUCUCCGCUAGCCCUUCUCAACAGGACCAGAGGCAGGGCCACUAUACAGCACUGGUGGGCAGCUCACUAACAUCACCAAAGCAGAUACCUGUAAAAACAGCUCGCACCUAUGAAAUCAAGAGGUUCUCAACACCAACACCUAUGUCUGCUCCCACUCUGGUUCCUAAAGUCCUCGCACCUCGUUCAGCUACCACCCUCGGUGAGCGUAUAAAUCACUCUGACAUAACCAGCCCACCUCCUGCUCCGAGUGCUCCAAACACAGACACCAACUUGGCACGAGUCCCAUUCAGAGAGUCAGCUUCACUCUCCGCCCAGAUAGCUGGAUUGCCGAGCCUUCCAAAAUUAUCUGCCAUGCCUCCUCCGAACCCUGCUUCUGGUGUAGUGACACAUUACACUCCAGUGUCCUACAACACUGGCCUCCAGUCAGCCAAGCAGUUCAAGAGUGCUCCUGAGCUCACUAUCUUUUCUUCGUUGCCUCCUCUCAAGUCCAAUCCAGUUCAAGCACCCAAACCACGUUUUGUAGCCACCAAAGGGGGUGUUCAGGCUCAUGUGUGGAGACCUGGGGCAAUUUAA